UUGUUUCAGCAAUUGCAAAGAAUUAGAUCAGAAGACGAAGAAAUUAAAAAAAAAAAGAAGAUGAAUCAGAACAUGAUCUCAUUUUUGAUCGGAAUAGUUGGGGCAACUUUUACGCUUGGAGCAUAUUCGCAAACAUGGAUGACUCCAACACAGAGCAUAACAACUGGUCUUGUAACUCUCAUGUUUGGUCUUCUCGUCCGUGAAGGUUUUAUCUCCCUUUAGAUCUUUUUAUUUUCAUUUUUGUUUAUGAACAUCUAUGUUUUUUACUUUGGGGUCUGUAAUAAAUCAUUUCACAGAGCUAUAUGUCAUAUGUGGUUGAUCGAUUACUAAUUUUGUUACUUACAGUUUGAUUGUGGUUUUUACAAA